AUAAUGUGGAUGCAAGUGAUCUUAAGCCAUUUUUUGAGACCAACUAUUCUCAGAUAUAUUUCAUCUUCUAUGAAAAUUUUAUAACACUGGAAAAUAGUUUGAAAUUAAAAGGGAAUAAUAAGUCACAAAGGGAGGAGCUGGACUCCAUCCUAUUUCUUUUUGAAAAAAUACUGCAGUUUCUACCUGAACGAAUUUUCUUUCGAUGGCAUUACCAGAGUAUAGGCUCAACUUUAAAGAAGCUUCUACACACUGGAAAUUCUAUUAAGAUAAGAUGUGAAGGAAUCAGGCUGUUUCUUCUGUGGCUUCAAGCACUUCAGACAAACUGCGCGGAAGAGCAGGUGCUGAUUUUUGCUUGCCUUGUGCCUGGCUUCCCAGCAGUCCUGUCAUCCAGGGGGCCCUGCACUCUGGAGACGCUCAUCAACCCCAGCCCCGGUGCCGCUGACGCAAAGAUAUAUCCAGAAGAAAUCACUCCACUCCUGCCAGCCGUAUCAGGGGAGAAGAUCGCUGAGGACCAAAGCUGCUUUUUCCUUCAAGUCCUGUUGAAGUACAUGGUGAUUCAGGCUGCAAGCUUGGAGUGGAAGAAUAAGGAGAAUCAAGAUACUGGUUUUAAAUUUCUUUUUACAUUGUUUCGAAAGUAUUAUCUUCCUCAUUUAUUUCCAUCAUUUACUAAGUUAACAAACAUCUACAAACCUGUACUUGACAUCCCCCACUCAAGACCAAAGCCGGUGUACAUUACUACAACUCGAGACAAUGAAAACAUUUACAGUACCAAAAUUCCCUACAUGGCGGCUCGUGUUGUUUUUAUUAAAUGGAUUGUAACUUUCUUUUUGGAAAAAAAGUAUCUAACUGCAACACAAAACACUAAAAAUGGAGUUGAUGUAUUGCCCAAAAUCAUCCAGACUGUUGGCGGUGGUGCGGCGCAAGAGAGGGCGCCGGAGUUGGAUGGUGGCGGGCCCCCGGAGCAGGACAAAAGCCAUUCUAACAGUAGCACCUUGUCGGACCGGAGACUCAGCACCUCCAGCCUCUGUAGCAUUGAGGAGGAGCACCGGACAGUGUAUGAGAUGGUGCAGCGCAUCCUCUUGUCCACACGAGGUUAUGUCAAUUUCGUGAAUGAAGUAUUUCGCCAGGCGUUUUUGUUGCCUUCGUGUGAGAUUGCUGUAACAAGAAAAGUAGUUCAAGUGUAUAGAAAGUGGAUCCUCCAGGACAAACCGGUAUUCAUGGAGGAACCAGAUAAAAACGAUCUUGCCCCGGAAGACGCGGAAAAGUUAGGAUUUUCGGAGACGGAUAGCAAGGAGGCCUCUUCCGAAAGUUCCGGUCACAAGCGAUCUUCCAGUUGGGGGCGCACGUACUCUUUCACGAGCGCAAUGAGCAGAGGGUGUGUGGUAGAGGAGGAUAAUACCAGUGUGAAAGCUGGGGCCCAGGCUCUGCUGCAGGUAUUUUUGACCAACGCUGCAAAUGUCUUUUUGCUGGAACCAUGUGCUGAAGUUCCCAUGCUCUUAAAGGAGCAAGUCGAUGCUUGUAAAGCCGUUUUGAUUAUUUUUAGGCGCAUGAUAAUGGAGCUUACAAUGAAUAAAAAGACUUGGGAGCAGAUGUUGCAAAUACUGCUCAGGAUAACAGAAGCCGUCAUGCAGAAGCCAAAGGAUAAACAAAUAAAGGACUUGUUUGCCCAGAGCUUGGCAGGGUUACUGUUUAGGACACUCAUUGUGGCUUGGAUCCGAGCGAACCUCUGUGUGUAUAUCUCUCGGGAGCUCUGGGAUGACUUUCUUGGUGUGCUGUCCUCCCUCACGGAAUGGGAGGAGCUCAUAACCGAGUGGGCCAACAUCAUGGACUCUCUGACAGCCGUGCUUGCCAGGACCGUUUAUGGAGUCGAGAUGACAAACCUACCUCUGGAUAAAUUAAGUGAACAGAAGGAGAAGAAACAACGAGGCAAAGGCUGUGUUCUGGAUUCUCAGAAAGGAACAACUGUCGGGAGAUCCUUUUCUCUCAGCUGGCGGAGCCACCCUGAUGUGAGCGAACCGAUGCGGUUCCGUAGUGCCACCACGUCGGGAGCACCAGGAGUGGAGAAGGCAAGGAGCAUCGUGCGCCAGAAAGCAACCGAAGUGGAGGAAUGCCAGCAGUCAGAAAACACACCUGCCGUGGGAUCUGGUCAUCUCAUGGUGGGGCAGCACCCGGUCCUUCGGAGCAGCAGCACAUCUGACAUCACUGAGCCACUGGGCUCGGAGUCUUCUCAGGGUCAGAAGGUAGAAAAUGCCCAGAAUUUGAGUUCAUCAGAGCCCAAGACUAUUCCAGAGAACAAAGGACAUAUGAAGAGAGAACAUGAAGGAAUAACGAUCUUAGUUCGAAGAAGCAGCAGCACUGCUGAACUGGAUUUGAAUGAGGAGUUGCAGCAGACACAAGGAAAGUGCAGAGAGAGACAGAAGAGUGAAAGCGCAAGCAGUGACACAGCCAUGGGCUACAACAACGAGGCAGAGCUCUCCAUGAGCCCGUGGCACGCCUGUGAGGAAGACCCAGAGCUGAGCACGCCCACGGAUGCUGUGGCUGACGCCGAUGCCCGCCAUUGGCUACAGCUGAGUCCCGCUGAUGCUUCAAACUUAACAGAUAGCAGCGAAUGCCUUGCGGACGACUGCAGUAUCAUCGCAGGAGGGAACCUCACGGGCUGGCACCCAGACUCGGCCGCUGUGCUGUGGCGCAGAGUCUUGGGAAUCCUCGGAGAUGUGAACAACAUCCAGUCUCCCAAGAUCCACGCCAAAGUCUUUGGCUAUCUCUAUGAACUCUGGUAUAAGCUAGCAAAGAUACGGGAUAAUCUAGCAAUAAGCUUGGAUAACCAGUCUUCUCCAUCUCCUCCGGUCUUGAUCCCACCGCUGAGAAUGUUUGCAUCAUGGCUAUUUAAGGCAACAACACUGCCAAAUGAAUAUAAAGAAGGCAAGCUGCAAGCCUACAGGCUGAUCUGUGCCAUGAUGACCAGACGCCAGGAUGUCCUGCCAAAUUCAGAUUUCCUGGUACACUUUUACCUUGUGAUGCACCUGGGGCUGACCAGCGAGGAUCAGGAUGUCUUAAAUACCAUUAUAAGGCACUGUCCGCCACGCUUUUUCUCCCUGGGUCUGCCUGGCUUCUCGAUGCUGGUGGGGGACUUCAUCACGGCUGCUGCCAGGGUCCUCAGUACAGACAUGUUGGCGGCGCCUCGUUCAGAAGCUCUCACCAUUCUCGGUUCCCUCGUCUGCUUUCCAAAUACCUACCAGGAGAUCCCCUUACUGCAGUCAGUACCGGAAGUGAAUGAGGUCAUCACGGGAACCGAAGAUGUCAAGCAUUACCUCAUAAAUAUUUUACUGAAGAAUGCCACAGAAGAACCAAAUGAAUGUGCAAGAUGCAUUGCCAUUUGCUCCCUGGGCGUCUGGAUAUGUGAAGAGCUUGCGCAGUGUACGAGCCACCCUCAGGUGAAAGAGGCCGUCAAUGUGAUAGGUGCGACUCUGAAGUUUCCUAACAAAGUCGUGGCCCAGGUAGCUUGUGAUGUUCUUCAGUUGCUGGUUUCCUACUGGGAGAAGCUGCAGUCAUUUGAGACCUCUCUGCCUCGGAAAAUGGCAGAAAUCCUGGUCGCCACGAUUGCUUUUCUUUUACCAAGUGCAGAAUAUUCCUCAGUGGAGACAGAUAAGAAGUUUAUCGUGUCCUUGCUCCUCUGCCUCUUGGACUGGUGCAUGGCGCUGCCAGUGAACGCCCUUCUCCACCCGGUCUCCACGGCGGUCCUGGAGGAGCAGCCCUUGUCCCGAGCCCCCUUGCUGGAUCACAUCUACAGGGUGCUGCACUGCUGUGUUUGUGGCUCGAGCACGUACACACAGCAGAGCCACUACACGCUGACCCUGGCUGACUUGUCAUCCACGGAUUAUGACCCCUUCCUGCCACUGGCAAACGUGAGGAGUUCUGAGCCAGUCCAGUACCACUCGUCAGCAGAGUUGGGUAACCUGCUGACUGUGGAGGAGGAGAAGAAGAGGCGGAGUCUGGAGUUGAUCCCCCUGACAGCUCGCAUGGUGAUGGCCCACCUGGUGAACCACCUGGGACACUACCCCCUGGCCGGGGGCCCUGCCGUGCUGCACAGCCUGGUCAGUGAGAACCAUGACAAUGCCCAUGUAGAAGGCUCUGAGCUGUCCUCCGAGGUGUUCCGGAGCCCAAACCUGCAGCUGUUCGUGUUCAAUGACAGCACACUCAUCUCCUACCUUCAAAUGCCCACCGAUGGCCCAGCAGGCGGGUCCGCGGUGGGCGCCCUCUCCGACGUGAGGGUGAUUGUGAGGGAUAUCUCAGGGAAGUACUCUUGGGACGGUAAGGUUUUGUAUGGACCUUUGGAAGGCGGCUUAGCACCCAGUGGGAGAACUCCUUCCUUUCUGAUCUCGGGCUGGCAUCAGCACACAUAUGCGCCUCAGAAAGAUUCCUCUCAAACUGAGGAGGGAGAUGAUGUCCUCGACAAGUUACUUGAAAACAUUGGCCACACAAGCCCCGAAUGCCUUUUACCAUCACAGCUAAAUCUAAAUGAGCCUUCCCCACCGCCCUGUGGAAUGAACUGUGAGCAGGAGAAGGAAAUCAUUGAGGCGAUUUUGCGCCAGAACGCUCAGGAAGACGAGUAUGUUCAGAGGUGUCGCGCUGACUCUGUGACGAAGGUCGGCAGCCAAGGGCAGCCUGCACCCGUGGAGCCCCGGGGACCCUUUUAUUUCUGCAGAUUGUUGCUUGAUGACCUGGGAAUGAAUUCUUGGGACAGAAGGAAGAAUUUUCAUCUGUUGAAGAAAAAUUCAAAAUUAUUGAGAGAGCUGAAAAAUCUGGACUCCCGUCAGUGCCGGGAGACACACAAGAUUGCAGUGUUCUACAUUGCUGAAGGUCAAGAAGACAAGUGUUCAAUCCUCUCCAAUGAAAGAGGAAGCCAAGCAUAUGAAGACUUUGUUGCUGGACUUGGCUGGGAGGUGGACCUCUCCACCCACUGCGGGUUCAUGGGCGGCCUCCAGCGCAAUGGCAGCACCGGGCAGACCGCCCCUUACUAUGCUACCUCGACCGUGGAAGUGAUCUUCCACGUCUCCACUCGAAUGCCAUCAGACUCAGAUGAUUCACUCACCAAAAAGCUCCGUCACUUGGGAAAUGACGAGGUCCACAUCGUCUGGUCUGAACACUCCAGGGACUAUCGCAGGGGCAUCAUCCCAACUGCCUUUGGAGACGUUUCAAUCAUUAUUUACCCAAUGAAGAAUCACAUGUUCUUUAUCGCGAUAACGAAGAAACCCGAGGUUCCCUUUUUCGGGCCGCUGUUCGACGGCGCCAUCGUGAGUGGGAAGCUGCUGCCAAGCCUUAUAUGUGCCACGUGCAUCAACGCCAGCAGGGCCGUGAAGUGCCUCAUCCCACUCUACCAGAGCUUCUACGAGGAGCGAGCUCUGUACCUUGAAGCAAUAAUUCAAAACCACCGCGAAGUAAUGACAUUCGAGGAUUUCGCAGCCCAAGUCUUUUCUCCCUCUCCCAGCUACUCCCUCGGUGGAACGGGGGCCCUGGUCUCCAGCCUGCAUGCUGACCCCAAGGAGCCCGUGGUGUGGAGGAGACAGAUCAGACUCCCCUGCCCAUCCCCUGAGCCCCUGAACCCAGAGACUCCGGGAAACUUCACUACUCUGCUGGUGCCCUCAGCAGGUCUCCCCCUUGAAGGACUCCUGAAGGCAAAGGCAAGCCCCUCUGAGAUGUUUCAGGUGGAACUUUCACACGAGGCUGGGCCUUCUGGUUCUGAAACCUUACAAAUCUCGGGCUUCUGAAGAAGAAAAGGGGAAGUCACCAACAACCAGGGACAGACCAGCUGUGACGUGGGCAUGGACGUGGUUGCACCAGGCAGAGCAUACUGGGAAAGAUGUGGGAGACCCGGGAGGGGCAGAGGGCAGCUGGGUCUGCACCCCAAAUUGUUUCCUCUCGUUUUAAACCCCAGCUUGAUUCACAGAGGGGCUGCUAAAACAACUGCUUAAUCGUUUGAGGAAUUUUCUCUGCAUCAGUUUUGCUAGUCUUAUGAUGGGAUUUAUGGUUUACUCAAAAAUUUCAUCAGCAUGGAAAUUAGCUUUCCCCAGGGUCUUUUGCCCAAGAGAAGUUUUACCUCAGUUGUUGAGUGUUUUUCCAGCUGAUGUCUGAUGCCCAUUAGCUGAGGAGAGGUUCUCCUGACCACCCACGGGUUCUCCAGGUCAUAGAGAGUGACUCGCCUACCCCAGGACACUCAGAAGAUUCUGGAAACACACGGCCACAUCCUUGAGAGUGCACCCGUCAGACAGGAAGCAGCCCAGCACAGCUCUAGUAACAAAAAGCAUGUGCAGGCUUCAGGCACCAGGUGGAGAUGGCGCCCCAGAAAAUCCACGUGCCCCCACAACUGCUCCCUGCAACUCGGCUCUGUCCAUUGCUCAGAGGGGGAAAGACGGGCCUUAGUUUUGGGGUAACAGUGUCUAAGCAAGGUCACAUCUGUACUUUUUACCCAUUUGAGUCCAAGGAAGGCACACUGGGCCUGGGUUUUCAAAAACGAAAGAGAAACAAGGGCCAGUCGCUGGUGAGGGAGUCAGAGUGCUGGGUCCAUGUGGCUGACCACGUGCUUUGAUCCCAGAUCGGCAACCUGGGAGUCACUCCAGGGUAUGCCAUGUGUGCCCAAAAUUCCAGGGAAGAAUGGAGAAGCGGUGGCUGUGUAGCCAUUCCACCUAGGGAGUGCUUUCUCGCCUUUUCUGUUUUUCUUUUUUGUUGUUUCUUUUUUCUUUUUU